AUGUCCAACUACCGACGAGGCGUGGGCAGCUACUCACGGAUGCUAGGCGGAGGCACCAACCCGUUUGCCGCGUACACUGCCCGCAAGGCCAAAACCAAGAAGCGCGUACUCGACAAGUACGAGAUCAUCGGCUACAUUGCGGCAGGCACCUACGGACGUGUCUACAAGGCCCGAAGCAAGGAUCCCGGUGACACCAACCAGUACGCCAUCAAGAAGUUCAAGGCGGACAAGGAAGGCGAAAUGGUGCACUACGCGGGCAUCUCUCAGUCGGCAUGUCGAGAGGUGGCUCUGUGUGCCGAGCUGGACAACAGAAACAUCACCAAGCUGGUGGAAACCAUCCUGGAAGACACGUGUAUCUACAUGGUGUUUGAAUAUGCAGAACACGACCUGCUGCAGAUUAUUCAUUAUCACAGCCAUCCCGAGAGGAAGCCCAUUCCUGAAUACACCCUCAAGUCGAUUCUAUGGCAGCUUCUCAACGGAGUCUCCUAUCUGCAUCAAAACUGGGUCCUGCAUCGAGAUCUCAAGCCGGCCAACACCAUGGUGACGAGCGACGGAGUGCUCAAAAUCGGAGACCUGGGCCUGGCCCGCCUGUUUUCCAACCCCCUGCAAUCGCUGUACUCGGGAGACAAGGUGGUGGUCACCAUUUGGUACAGAGCUCCUGAGCUGCUUCUAGGAGCCCGACACUACUCGCCAGCAGUCGACCUAUGGGCUGUGGGCUGCAUAUUUGCCGAGCUCCUGGCUCUCAGACCUAUUUUCAAGGGAGAGGAGGCCAAGAUGGACAACAAGACCAAUGUGCCCUUCCAGCGAAACCAGAUGCAGAAAAUCAUUGAGAUUCUGGGAUCUCCCCAGGAAGAUGAUUGGCCAAGUCUGAGCAAGUUCCCCGAGUACGAGUCGCUCAAGCAGAUGAAGACCUUCCCUCCCAAUCUCGAAGCCUGGUACCAGAGUAUCGGAGGUACCAACCAGAAGGGCUUCCAGCUCUUGUCGCGACUGUUGGAGUACGACCCAGCCAAGCGUCUUACCGCUAACGACGCCCUCUUGCAUCCCUACUUUACUGAGGCUCCCAAGGUGAGUCAAAACGUCUUUGAGCGACAGGAGUACAAGUAUCCGCCUCGGAGGAUCUCGUGCGAGGAUAGCGACAUUAAGACCAUGACGUACCAGGGAACCAAGCGGGGUAGUCAAGGAGGAGACAACUUGCAUCCUAGAAAGAAGCAGAAGUAG